AUGUUAUUUAUUCCAUCAGCUGUCAACAUCAGUGGUGUUGAUGCGUUUCUCGGGCAACAAUCUUCAUCCAUACAUCCGUCUCAUUUCAACAACAACAACAAUAACAACAACAACGUCAUCAACAACAACAACAAUUUCAUGAACAACAACGUACACGCAAGACAAAACAGUGGCGAUAGUGGCCUUGGCAGUUGUUUUAGCCUCCCAAAUCGAUUCACCAACAACAUCAACAACGCUAAUAAUAAUAAUAAUAAUAAUAACAACAAUAACAAUAAUAAUCACAGUAAUAAUAAUAGUAAUAAUAAUAAUAAUCUGGGCAGUAAAGUGGAUGAUUAUUUCAACAUGGAUGUUGUCAUGGAUUCUCCUCAAGAUCUGGGAUUGAUGCGAAUGACACGUUUACUGCUGCGAAAAAAUGACACGUCAAGUUAUCCAAAGAUGUGGUUUCAUGCAGUUUUCCCACAGAGGAUUGACUACAAGGAUGGAUCGCUGUAUCGCAAUCACGGAUAUAUCUCGAUAUAUCCGUGA